GCAUAAAGUUCCACGCCGGAGUGCCAGCGCGCCCGGAAACCAAACUUUCGUCCAACUCCGUCUCUGCUGAACACGCGGACGCUAAUAAGCAGAUUCUGACCACUAGUCUGACGUGUCACUCGGUAGCCGGCUUUCCGUCACUUUGCACGGUUUGCGUCGCGAGAGAUGGUGAAACGUUAGACGAGGGUCGCGACUUUCGCAUGAAACUUCCUCCACUUUUGUCCCCGGCUGACGCCAUAACGACUCUAAUCUCCUUACGCUUCAAGCUGUUUUUGCCGACCAAACGAAAGUGCUUACGGCGUUGACCAGUCGGAUGCUGCAGUGAUGGACAGCGAGGGUACGUUGGGCCGCGGCCACGCAAAUGGGGGCCGUGGGCUGCGCCGUCAGCGGUCCCUGGAAUGGAGAGAACGGCGCGGUUAUGGAGCCAGUGCCCAAUCCAGUAGCGAUGAUGAAGAUAACGCACGUCACACAGUGGGGCCCGUGUCGACUUCGUCCGUUGCAAGAGGUGCUCGUAGCCCCGGUCAGGUCUUUGCUUCCAUUUUGGCGCAACAGUAUGGCAAUGCGGGGGACAGAUCGUACCGUACGGGAUCCGACACGGAAGGCGCAGCAACCACGGACAACCCUACAACGCCAUUUCCUACGCCACCCCCAACCUUGACACCGAAUCAUCGGCAAGCUUCUCCGUUUCCCCUCGAAAGCACAAACUCUCGCCGGCAUCAUUAUAACGGCAGCAUAUCUUCCGAGAGAUCUCGCAACGGCAAUGGUGAGACCGUUUACGCGGCGCCCACAAAAAAGACGACUUCCGGCGGCGGUACCUUAGGUCGAAGAACACGCCGAGGUCAUGCAAGCGCCUUGAGCAGUAGCUCCACAGCGAGCGAUCGUUCCGAAACCGUCUUCCCCGAUGAACACACACGCAUACAUCUCACCAAUGGUCUACCCAGGCCUAUUUAUCUCACAGAUACCGGUAGGGAUUCCCCUCCGGAACCCGCGCCACCGGAAGUACCGCCGCGUGGACCGUCUUUACACGCAACGCAUACUUUACGCACGCAACAAAACCGAAAUGGUUGCCCACCGAACGCAUCAGGAAGUUUCACUGUGCCAAGUGACCAAAUGCCGACUGAGACGUACUCGGAGUACUUGAUGUCAGGAAGUCCACGGAGUUAUCCAGCGCGCUCCCCGGGGGUCGCUUCCACGCCAACCGUGACCAGGCUUCCGCCACCGCAACAGCAGGUGACGGUGGGUUCGCUGGGCGGCGGUUUAGGCGGCGCCGGAAAUGGCGGCACCGCCACAGUAGGCGCGCAAGGCCAAGCCAUGGUGAUGCCGGGUUUUCCGCUUCGUGCCGCAGCGGUGCCGCACUACUCCCCGUACUCGCCGUCGCGCUUUCACAUCGAUAAACGCUGCCAGCACAGGUGCUCCUGGAAAUGCUUCUCGAUCGCCCUGAUCCUCCUGGCCGUGGCGCUGACGGCGAUGCUGGCGUACUUUGCUGCAGUGAGCUCUAUGCGCCCGAUAGACAGCACCAACUGCAUUCUGGUUCAAGAUAUCAAAGCUGUCACUCACGAAAACGCACACAUCCACGACUCGAUAUCCACGCAGAUCCCCACAGAAGAAUCCCUGCCAACGAGCACGGCGGAGCAUUCGAGCGCCGCGGACAGCGCCGGUGAUCAGCAGAGCGACCCGCAGAUACAGCAAUCGGCGCAGCAGUGGCCGGCCGUGCUCGAGCUGCAGGCCUACAACGUCGCGCACUCCGCCGUUAUUCAGCCGUAUCACUUCUGGAACACGGAGUUCCGCAACAAGCAGCCGGCGUUCAUCAGGCUGAACUUGACUCUGCCGUGGGGCGCGAAUUUCGCGGUCUACGGCAGGCGGAACGUCGCGCCCAGCGUCACGCAGUACGACUUCGUCGAGUUCGUCAAGGGCGGCAGAGUGGUCCACAGGCUGAAGAGGGACAUCACCGCGGAGGCCGUCAGCUUUAUGCAGUCCAGCAGCCCGCAGGACGUGCGGGUGGAGCGCGCGGCGCAGCCGGUCGCGCCCUACCAGCACGUGCUCAUCAAGAGGACCAUCGUGGAGCCGCUGAUGGUCAACGUCAGUCUGCUGCAGUACUUCGACACCGGCGACUGGUUCCUGUCCGUGUAUAACGACGAGUUGCAGCCUUACAAGGUCACCCUGGUCGUGACGGAGGCGGAAGGUGUCUCCACUACGUGUCCCAACGACUGCUCCGGACGUGGAUCGUGCUACCUGGGCAAGUGCGACUGUAUAGACGGAUAUCAGGGUGCUGAUUGCAGCAAGAGCGUAUGUCCGGUUUUGUGUUCGUCUCACGGACAAUACGGCGGUGGUAUGUGCCACUGCGAGGAGGGCUGGAAAGGCGCGGAGUGCGACAUACCGUUAGGCGACUGCCAAGUUCCUGAUUGCAAUCAGCAUGGCCAGUGCGUUAGAGGAUCCUGCGUCUGUAAUCCCGGCUGGAAGGGCCCCUUCUGCGACGAACCCGACUGCUCCGACCCGAAUUGCAGCGGCCACGGCGCCUGUGUCUCCGGCAAGUGUUACUGCAAGGCCGGCUGGCAGGGCGAGCGGUGCAAUCAGGUCGAUCAGCAGGUGUACCAGUGUCUACCCGGCUGCUCCGAUCACGGCACGUACGACCUCGAAUCUGCGGCCUGCGUUUGCGAGGAGCAUUGGACCGGCGUCGAUUGCUCGCAGCCGAGCUGCGGUCUAGACUGCGGACUUCACGGGUCCUGCGAGCAGGGCCGCUGCAAAUGCCACGACGACUGGACCGGGACGAAGUGCGAUCAGAAGCCGUGCGACUCGCGCUGCGCCGAGCACGGCCAGUGCAAAAAUGGGACCUGCGUGUGCAGCCAAGGCUGGAACGGAAGGCACUGCACAUUACCCGGAUGCGAGAAUGGAUGCAGCCGCCACGGAUUGUGCACUCUGCAGGACGGCGAAUACAGCUGCGAAUGCUCGACCGGGUGGGCCGGCAGAGAUUGCAGCAUACGACUCGAAUUGGAAUGUAAUGAUUACGUUGACAAUGACGAAGAUGGCAUGAUGGACUGCUCUGACAGCGAGUGCUGCUCGCACGAAACUUGUUCAGAACAUAUCAUGUGCCUUGCUAGUAAUAAUCCCGUGGACGUUCUCCUCCGCAAACAACCGCCCAGCGUCACCGCGUCCUUCUAUCAGCGGGUCAAGUUCCUCGUCGAGGAGAACAGCGUACAGAGCUACGCCCACAUGGACGAGUACACGGAAAGUACGUUCUGGAGUUCCUUUACACCGCGUCGAGUUGCGGUGAUGCGAGGCCAAGUUGUUACCGAACAAGGACUCGGAAUAGUAGGCAUCAGAGUGUCCGUGGACAGGGACUCGCGCUUCGGAUUCACCUUGACCAGAGCGGACGGAUGGUUCGACGUCCUGGUCAAUGGCGGAGGCGCCGUGACGCUUCAAUUCCAGCGCAGCCCCUUCAAACCCCUCACGAGGACCGUCUUCGUACCCUGGAAUCAGAUCGUGGUUCUGCCGCCCGUUGUCAUGAUACUGAGCAAGGAAGGCGAAUCGUAUAAAUCUAACCAGCCACCGAGCCCGGCAGUUGGGAUUUCAAUGGGACUCUUUAGCGAGCACGGCCCGUGCUUGGAGCACGAUCACGAGACGCUACGGCCAAUUAUCGUUAGCACGUGGAUGCCGGAAAAAGUUGGCGGCUUGCCUGGCAAGAGCUUGGUCUUUGCCGAGAGCCAAAUCGUGCAGGAAAGCAUCGCAAUUCCGGGCUCCAAUCUCCACUUGAUGUAUCAAAGCAGUCAGGCUGCGGGCUAUCUCUCUACCGUGAGGAUGCAACUGACCGGGCCGUUCAUCCCGAAAUCGCUGACGCACGUACACGUGCACGUGGAGAUCGAGGGUUCGCUUCACACGAAAACGUACGAGGCCGACCCGAAUCUGACGCACACGUUCGCUUGGAACAAGAGAAACGUUUACAAGCAGAAGGUGUACGGUGUGGCGCAGGCGAGGAUCUCGAUCGGCUAUCAGCAUUCCACUUGUCCGUCGGUGAUAUGGGAGACGCAGACGGCCACUUUGCAGGGAUUCGACGUCGAUAUCUCCGAUAUCGGCGGCUGGGGACUCGACAUCCAUCACCAUUACAACUUCCACGAAGGGAUCCUGCAGAAGGGCGACGGCUCUACUCUACAUUUCAAACAGUAUCCGCGUACUGUGAAAGUAGUAAUGGGCACCGGCCUCCAGAGAAGCUUGGUGUGUCAGAAUUGCGAUGGUCUCGCCAAGGACGCCAGACUCCUCACGCCGGUGGCACUCACCAGCGGACCCGACGGCAGCAUAUACGUCGGAGACUUCAAUCUCGUGCGCAGAAUCACGCCCGAAGGGAAGGUUUACACCGUCCUGAUUUUGAGCGCUACUCAAGUGGCGUAUCAGUAUUAUCUGUGUAUCUCGCCGGCUGACGGACACUUGUAUAUCAGCGACCCGGAGAAACAUCAGAUAUUGAAAGCCCUCUCGUUGGAACAAGUCCAAGAUCCCAGCAUUAAUAUCGAGCCCGUUGUCGGAAGCGGCGAGAGGUGUAUCCCAGGUGACGAGGGUCAUUGCGGUGACGAAGGUCAAGCCAUCCAUGCAAAAUUGGCUCAUCCCAAAGGAAUCGCAAUUGCGGCCGAUAAAACGAUGUACAUUGCCGACGGAACGAACAUCCGGGCCGUCGAUCCUCGAGGUAUCAUACAUACACUCGUGGGUCAUCAUGGUCAUCAUAAUCAUUGGUCACCCGCUCCCUGCAUCGGAGCCAUUCCCGCGCAUCAGGCUCAGUUACAAUGGCCCACCGGAUUGACCCUGAGUCCGUUGGACGGAUCCCUGCACUUCAUCGACGACAGACUAGUCUUGAAGCUGACCAGCGACCUGAAGGUGCGCGUGGUCGCCGGCACGCCUCUUCACUGCACCAGCAACGCGAACAGCAACAACAACGGCAACGACGAACUGCCGAAACUGAACUCGUCGAUGACGACGAGCCUGAAGAAGCCGGACGAGGUCCUCGGAUCGGUGCUGGCCGUCGGUUUCAGUCCAACCGGCGAACUGUAUAUAGCGGAUCGUGAUUCUCACCGCGUCAACUCUAUCAGGAUCGUCGAUUCCUCCGGGAAGAUGUCGCACUUCGCGGGUCAGCAGCAGGAGAGACUGCGCGGUCAAUGCGAGUGCAACAAUACCACGCCCAGUACCAAGGACAUGGACACGUGCACCUGCACGGACGAUACCAGCAGCACCGAGACGCUCCUCUCGUCAAACGCCAAGUUCACCGCGAUAUCGGCCCUCGCGGUUUCGCCGGACGGUGUUCUGCACGUGGCCGAUCAGGGCAGUCUUCACAUCCUGGCUCUCCAGCCGUAUCUUCCGAAUCACGACGAGAACGGGGAGUUCCGCAUCCCGUUUCCACCCUCGAACGAGAUCUAUGUGUUCAAUCGCUACGGCCAGCACAUCUCCACGAAAGACCUGACGUCCGGAAAGACUCGCUACUCCUUCCUGUACAGCAAGAACACGAGUUUCGGCAAGUUGUCCACGGUGACGGACAGCGCGGGCAAUAAGAUCCAGUUCCUGCGGGAUUACAGUAGCGUUGUCAGCUCCAUCGAGAACACUCAGGAUCAUAAAUCCGAAUUGAAAAUCUCCGCGGUUGGAUUCCUGGAAAAGCUGUCCGAACGCGGCAGGGCGGAGAUCGCUUUGGGUUACGACGGCUCAACCGGUUUGCUCACCAGUCGAUCAGGAGGAGAUGAAACGUAUAUAUACAAUUACGACAGUCUAGGACGUGUCACUGACGUAAUACUGCCGACAGGCGAGAAAUUGAAAUUAUUAUCGGACUUAUCUGACGAUGAAGGUCUAUUGGUUAAAGUGUCCGCUCCGUUGCAAGCUUUAUCGAAAGGCGAUAAGCAGCGAAUCGUGGAGUUUGAGAUGAGAAACGAGAAAUCGAAGAUGUUGACAGUCACUGACGGCACCAAACUCCUGAAAGCAAUCGCAUUUACGAACAGCAGCCUGGAGGUGCUCCUACCUGGCGGCGGUAGAAUAUUGAGCGCGGCGACAACGAAACACCCGCUCUUGAAGCCGGCCUUGCCGGUGGAAGCGGAGAUGCUGCCCAUGUGGAGCUACCAAUUGAUGUCGUUGGGCGAAUUAACCAACACCAUGACGACGACGUACAACCUGGUCGGAGAAGUUAGCCAUCCUCAGCAGACGCUCAACAGAGAGAUCUGGGUGAACGACACGCGAGUGAUAAGCGUCGAAUUUGAGCAGGCGUUCAGCCGCGAGACGUUCUACGACAAGGCGGGCACUCCCCUACUGACAGUGAUCUUCGACCAGGCCGGCCUACCCUUGGUAUGGCAACCGUACGAGCAAGGCCACAACCUCAGCAUCGCCUACGAUCGGUUCAACAGGAUCGAGAGCUGGAAAUGGGGCGCCUCCGACGAGUCGUAUGGCUACGACCGACACGGCCAACUGGCGGAGAUUACCAAUAGCAAGGACGGCACGAAACGGUACACGUAUAACGACUUCAACAUGCUGUCGAAGAUCACGCUCGCCAGCAACAGGCAGUUCUCGUUGCAAUACGACGACGACGGUGGACUGCGACAUAUCAUUCUACCGUCAGAAACCAAGCAUUCCUUCUCCUGUCAGGCUUCUCUUGGUUUCCUCAGGGUAACGUACACCCCACCCGGCAGCACCAGAGCCUAUUUGCAGCACUACAGUCACGAUGGGAAUUUACUACAGACCGUGUUCCCGGGAGACGGAGCUCGUAUCGUCUACAGAUAUCACUCCUCGGGACAAUUGGCGGAGAUCGUUCACGGCGAUGGCAAAAGCGAGAUCAGGUACACCGAGAGUGGACUACCAUCCGAGGUGAUACACUCUGAAAGAGACGUGGAGUACAAGUGGGAUUAUCAGUAUAGCGCGGGACUUCUGGUGGAGGAGCGCAUAGAUUUCGGCGCAAAGACCGGCCUGAGCAACGCCAAAUUCACUUUCGAGUACGAUUCCAACUUCCGGCUGAUCGCGGUGCAGGGUAGAAUAGGCGGCCAGACGCUACCGCCGCACACUAUGGCUUACAGUCCGAGGUCGGGUACGCUGGAGCAGAUCGGCCAAUUCAAGGUGACGAAGCCGCAGUCGAAUGAAACGACCGUGUUCGACGGCACUGCGCUGUUCUCGCGCACCACGGACGACCGAUUCCUGGAGACUCAGGUCACGGUGACGAUCCAUCGAAUGGAAGUGUUUAGGAUGGAGUUCACGCACGAUUCACGCGGCCGCAUCAAUCAGACGAGAACGUACACGCGCAACGUCGCUGUUAACACGUAUACCAACGUGAAAAAUUACACGUGGGACUGCGACGGCCAGUUGACCGGCGUGGAGGCGCAGGAGCCGUGGGGUUUCAAGUACGACGCCAACGGUAAUAUGUUGUCGCUCACAUAUCGAGGUAACACGAUCCCGAUGGAGUACAACGCCAUGGACCGAAUAGUCAAGUUUGGCGAGGGCCUCUACAAGUACGACAACCGGGGUUUGGUGGUGCAGAAUGCGAGAGAGGAGAGAUUCAAUUACAAUGCCAAGGGUCUCCUCGUGCGCGCCACCAAACGCGGCCGUUUCGACGUGCGAUACUAUUACGAUCACCUGGACCGCCUGGCCACGAGAAAGGACAAUUACGGCAAUGUCACGCAGUUCUUCUACAACAAUCAAAAACGGCCGCACGAAGUGAGCCAGAUAUACAGCCCGCGCGAUGGUAAACUGAUGUCGCUGGUCUACGACGACAGAGGACAUCUUAUUUAUGCGCAAGUGUACCGGCACAAGUAUUACAUCGCCACUGAUCAGUGCGGUACCCCCAUUAUGAUCUUCAACCAAUACGGCGAAGGCAUCCGGGAAAUUAUGCGAUCGCCCUACGGCCACAUUGUUUACGAUUCGAAUCCAUAUCUUUACUUACCGGUCGAUUUCUGUGGGGGACUUCUAGAUCAGGUCACCUCUCUUGUUCACAUGCCGAACGGUAAGGUUUACGAUCCGCUGAUAGGACAGUGGAUGUCGCCGCUCUGGGAGAACGUUCUGGAUCGCGUAGACAAGCCGACGCACCUACACCUUUAUAGAUUUAACGGAAACGAUCCGAUCGACGUCAGACACACGGACAGACCGAGUCAACCAACCGAUCACAUAUCAUGGCUGUCGCAUCUCGGAUAUGAUCUGAAGAGUUUAGCGCCGCAGCUGUUCCCAGACGAGCUGCCGGAGAGUCUCGUUCCGCGAGCGCUCGGCCCGGGAACCUCUAUAUUCGGUAAAAAGAAACGAACGCGCAAUCAGGGCGUCCAGUCUGGUUUCCUCGCGCACAUCGCCCAAAGGCAUUCGGGCGACGCGGUGAGCCUGUCCGCGCCGCCGCGGUCGGCCUUGAAGAAGGACACGAGCGAGCUGAUACCCAGCCGCCUGGGUGCAGCGUCCGAUCCGCCCUUCGGCAAGGGCAUCCUGGUGUCGAGAACCGCCGAUGGCCAGGCGGUGGUAUCCAGCGUGCCCAGCGCUAACGCUAUUUAUGGCGACGUAUUCACGUCCGUGUUCAAUCGUUCGUACUUCCUGCCAUUUACGUUCGUCGUGCACAGCGCGCAGCAGGACGCUUUCUACUUCGUCAAAGAGGAAACCUGGCGCGCGAGCGAGGAUCGCGGCCAGCUGAAACGACUCGGGGGUCAGGUGAACACGACGUUCCACGAGAAUGAGAACGGCAGCGGCAGCAGCUCGCUGAUCGACGUGAAGAUACACGGCGCCAGCUACGUGGUGAACUUGCGCUACGGCACCACGGCGGAGAAGGAGAAGCAGAGGUUGUUGCAUCACGCGAAGGCGACCGCCAUCAGGAAGGCGUGGCACCGGGAACGCGAGUCUCUCAAAACGAACACCCCCACGUCCGUCGAGUGGAUGGUCGCCGAGCAGGACGAGAUACUGAAGGUCGGCCUCGCGUCCAACUACGAGGGCGAGUAUAUCCACGACGCGCAACAGUAUCCCGAGCUCGCGGAGGACCCGUACAACAUCAGGUUCGUGAAGAAGGCCGUCGACCAGUCGAGCAAGAAGCGACGCAGGAGGAGAGGCGCGCCGUCCUGUAAGCUCUGGUGGUUAGACAAGAUGUGCUAGAGCGAUUUGAGAGUCGGUCGUACCGUCCCCUCGCGCGGGGACAUUGUCCAGUAUCGAAGCCGCGGGACUUUCGAGUGAGCGACACCAGAGAUAGCGAGGGAUAGGGAGAGGGCAGGGGGUACCGGAAACGUGAAAGUCGACGAAGGGGGUAAAAGAAUGCCGCUGUAGCACGCUGUAGCGCAGCGUCCGUAUAUAUGCACGCGCAUAUAUAUAAACGUACUGAACACUAUCAAAAAGUUUUAUACCAAAGUCUAUUUGUGUAUUUCAAAGAUGCCAAAAACACUAUAACGUUAUAUUAUAUAUAAUAUAUUAUAAAUAUAAAUAUAUAUAUAUAUACACCACCACGAGGAAUAGGGUACGUAGGGUGUAAGAACGUUAAGCGCACGCGGAGGAACGCGGGUUUCACCGAGUACUCGCUCCCCGGACCAGCGGCGCGACCGACCCGCGAUUGGCAGAUCCGCGAAAGCCUUACGAGCGACGGCGAGAGAGCAGAGGACAAGAAAAAAAAAAUCGGGAUCCCGGACGCGCGCGCCAGCCUGGAAGGGGGAACGUUGCGAGAUCCCUUCUGUGAGUUCGGCGCGACGUGGACCAGCUUGCAGGUUCGAAUUCCCAGGACGCGGCGUACUCCUGAUGACGUGAUUCGCGAGAGGCAAGGCCGGCAAGCUCGUGGAGCUUGCGCUCGAGGCCUAAGGUAAACGGCGGACCGUGGUGCCGCGCGUGCGAAUCGUGCACGCUCGACGGUACACCGUAUCGAUACAAGGUAAUUAUAAUUAUAUCGCGAAGAAAGCGAGGAGAGAGAAGAAAAAUCGGGGGGGGGGGAGUUACAGGCCAUUCAUAGUUGAGAGCGACGAGAGAGUGAGAGAAACUAGUCAAUACGUAGCUUUACAUUGACAUCAGCAGCCUUCUUCGGCAUAGAAUAAAUGUGAGGAGAGAGCGCGAGUCGGGAGGAGCGACGCCGUUGACGACACCGUUGACGAGCCACGCGUGUUUGCCCUGCCGGCGAUAUUUUAACGUCGUACUUAGGAAAAAAAAGAAAGGAACAGGAAGCAACGGCGGGCGUGUGACGAGAGUACGGUAUUCGCGCGGUGACGAAUACGAAUGCGGAAAGCGAGAGAGAGCCGAGCGCGGAAACGAAUGGGGAACGCGCGACACGUGUCUCAACCAUGAAUGGCCCCGGCGGAGAAGUGGCGGAGGACCGGCGAGGAAGAGGCUCUCGGAGGAGAGGCCGAUUCUCACGGGGUCCUCGAGGAGGACUAGGAGCCAGCGAUCGUGCGGACUCGAUCGCGCGGUCUCGAGCUUGAAUUCCGUUUUGCGGCUUUAGGCAAUUAAGGACGAGAUGAAUUUGUAUUAUAAAGUGGUGCUUUUCUUGUACGGCGAGAGAACGUGUGAACGAAUGAGCGGUGGAGUGAGAGAGGAUCAGCGAUGAUCGCGAGGAUGCGCGUGCAUGAGGUCGUCGGAUACCAAUAGCGAGAUGCUAAGCGUAUUUUUAAAUAUGUGGAUGUGUCCUAUCCGUAGCGUAUAAGCGUACCCGAUCGUCGCCGAUCGGUGAUCUGAUAUCGCAUCGUCGUGCGCGCGCGAGCGAGCGCGCGGGAGGACAAGGUCGCUCGGGAUCGACUCGGGGUGGGACGUCCUCCCCGUGAUUCUCGGAGAUCGCGGGGAGGAAAUGCGAGCCGGGCGUGCGAGCCGAUGUCUGUGCGUACAAGCCGGAAACUCGAAGGAAAUUCGAAAGAGAGGGACAAACUCAUUGUCGGUAAAAAUAAUACGUAUACAAUAUCGCAUAUUUGUGCUUGCUGGAUAUGAACGUAACGGACGUUAACUAUGUUUCCUCACCGAGAGUACUAAGUAUGUGUAUCCAAAAUUACUGCCCGCCAAGUAACGAUCGUUUCGCCUGUGUAUGCGUGUGUAUAUGUGCGUGUGUUUGCGUAUGUGCGCACGCGGGUGCAUAUGUGUGUAUGUGCGUGCAUGUGUGUGUGCGCGCCGAUUCGCUCGCGCACAGAACCCACAUACGUGCAUCGAACCACCCUUAGCCUCGGAAAUCAUUGCAUUAUCACCCGCCAAUCCUCCUCCUUCUCCCAUCUCUCAUUUCCCUCCACUCUCUCCCUCCCCCAUGAAGAUCCCGAAUCCGUCGAUUUAUCGCACGUAUUGUUUGUUCGCGUCUCCACGAACGUUCGUACUCGCCAUUGAUAUUUUGCAAUGCGGCUUUAGAGACGGUGCCGUUUAUGGAUAGUUAGUGGCACAACGACAUUGCUGUCUGAAUAGAUGAAGAAUAAAAAAAUGUUAUCUAUAUGCUGAGUGUAUAAAAAAGUAUAUAUAUAUAUAUAAAUAUAGAGCGAGAAAGAGUGAGAGAGAGAGAGAGAGAGAAAGAGAGCGAUAGCGAAGCUUCGUGACGUAUUUUUAACUCGAGCGAGUGUUUAGACCUACGCUACCCAACAACGCAAAAUCGUAAAAGAUUGUCGAAAGGUGUCCAGACGGUGUCUGAAAGAUUAGGUUUGCGGCUUCUUUUACGGCGUCGCGUUGUGCCUGGGCAAUUUUUAAUCGCGGUCCAAGACGCCCUCCCACCGGAGGCACGCGCGCGCUCGCGCGUGCCGACGAGGCCGCAAGGGCGAUCCUUUUUGUACAUUUCGCGGUCUCGUUCGCACGCGCGAAACGAUGGCACACGGGACUCGCUAAAAUCGCGCCGUAAAUAUCCCACAUCCGUAUCCGCGCGUACUCAUCAUCGCGUUCUCCCGCGGAAACGGCCGCGCGAAACGGGCUCGAUCGUCGAGCCGCAUUCCUCCCUCGCUUAUCCAAGCGUAUACCGACACAAUUGUAUUUCGCUUUGUUUCAACCUUACCUUUAGGGAGCACUUUCAUAUAUGGAAAAAUAGCGAACGUGAAUCUCGAAACUAUUAAUCUCCAAAUAAUUUUACUCUGGCUGUUCAAUUCGAUUUCUUAGAAGCAAUCGCUUUAGAAAGUGGCAUUCAAAUUUAUUAAUAAUAACGACGACCCUCGGCGACGUCGAAUAUAACUCUAUUCAAUGCAAUUGUAAUAACGAGACAGCCACCGAGUCUCUCCUUUCAGCAACGGUGGCAAUUCCGCGAGGAUAAUAUUUGAGGGUAAUUUCCGUUAAUCUUCCGCGGGCUUCUGCUUUCUCCGAGAUAAGCGAAAUAGGAGUGCUUCGACAUUCGUGCACAUCUAAACACUCAUCGUCUCCCCCUUGGCCAGCCAACCCUCUCACACCCGCUCCCCUUCACUGCCCCUUACACUGCCCUCACGCUCUUCAUCUUCAUAGCCGUAUUAUCCGCUGUUGGACCCGGAAACGGUGCGUUCAAGAAGAAUCGACUAUUUUUUAAAUAUCACGUGUCAAAUUAACGAGCGGGCCAGGUAGCCGCGAUAUACAUGUCGUUACGGGCAGGGCCCUCAAAACUCGACUCGAGGCCCGACCCCCGUCUCACGCGAUUGUAAUAUUAGAAAAGAAGAAGAAUUCACUCUCUAACUUCCGUGAAGUUUCAUCUCUCGUUUUUGCGAACUCGUUCCAGAUUCGUUCGUCCCCCCGCGUCCGCCCGCGGGGGAUCGCGACAAACUCCACGUACUUCUCUAAAUAAAUAAAUAAAAAGAAGAAGAAGAAACGAAGUAGAACGCGCGAAGAAAUAAUGAUUAUGUGAGAUAAAUAAAUAAAUAUAAAUAUAUAAAUAUAUUGAGAUGAUAAAUAAAUAUAUAUAUACACACACACAAGAGGAGCUAGAGUGGCCAAUUAUAGCAGUAAUCGUCGACCCACGCAUUUGCGGCGCGAUUGGUUCUCGAGCGCGACUCCACGCCGCAAAAAAAAAAGGGGGGGAGAGGGAAGAAUUCGGAAUUCCGGAAAACGUGACGGAAGUCAGUUGAAUACGCGAGACUGAUAAAUGUAGAACGUGAACGAAAGAAGGGAAGAAGAGAAGGAGAGCGUGAAAAUGAGAGAUAUCGAAGAUUAAGCGAGCGCGAAACGGCGAACGGAAGAGUCAGCCACGCUAAAAGCUACUACGACCACUACCCUAGAUAGAUUACGCUACUUUGCCGCUGAUCUAAUUGUUUACUGUCACGUGUUGCUGUAAACCUAAACCUAACGAUACGAUAUUAUAUAUAUUUUAUUUAUAUAACCUAAUCAACUGUAUUUAUUGUAAAUAGUCACGAUGUUUGCUAUGAUAUAAUAUAUCUGUAAUUGGAUGGGAACCUGCCUGAAACUGCGCCCAAAGCCUUGUCCCCUUUCACUCGCCCCAAUCCCGCAGCUAGAUCCGCAUACAUGCAUCCCGUACGCGGGUACGGGACAUAGAUGUAUAAAAGCAUGUACACACGUACACACCAUACACAAACGCGGCGUCGAUUGCCGCGGCCGUUUAACGGUAAUUUAGAGGAGAGGAUAAAUGGAAAAGAAAACGACAGGUGCAUCGCGCGCGUUGAAUUAUCACUACGUCAAUAUUUCGUAUCGCAUCGACAGGCAAUCGAUUUCAUGUAAGACGCUCCAUUUUAUCGUAGGAAAAGGCGAGAAAAGAAGAACUCAUCCCCCGCCAUCAAACACUCGCUCCCUCCCUCUUCCCCGUUUCCAUUUGUACCCUUUCCGUGAACGAGAGCGUUACGAUGGUCACGAGUAAUUUUUAUAAAUGUAUUUUUUCGCCUCCCCCUUCCCCUCCGCGUGUUGAAAACACAAUCCCGAUUCGGUGAUCAUCGUAGAGGCGUCGGAAGUGAGUGAUUUACGGACUUUUCCACUUGAACCACUGCCACGCGGCAGACGGCGAUCCAACCAGCAUGUCCAAUAAACUUACAAUAUUACUAUCUUAAGUACAAUAUAUUAAGUGUUUUCAGAAAAUAUAUGAUCUAUAUAUGAUAAUAAAAAACGGGAAAACGUU